GAAAAUUCCCCCUUGGAAACCCCAUUUUAUCACGGGUUCGUUCUAAACUAGGGCCAAAAAUAAUUGUUUCCGGUAUAGGUCUACGGAUUUCAGAGCAUGGCAGGUUGGAUGGAGAUCGUCCUCGCCCUCGUGGUCGGCUACGUAUUAUGGAAAGUCAUCCCGGUCUUGUGGAGGUAUUACACCUUCUGUCAGCUGGUCAAGCCAUUUAAGUCCAAGAGAAAAUCAAACUGGUUUUUGGGACAUCUUAUACAUAUGAGUUUUACAGAGUCCGUGAUUACAUCAAUAGCGAAACUAAUGGAAGAUAACACAAACAAAAUGAUGAUUGAAUGGAUGUCCUUUAUACCAAACCUACAUGCCAUACAUCCUGAUACCGCCGCAACCAUUCUCAAGUCAUCAGAACCAAAACCAAAAGGACGAGGCGAACCCUACAGCCUCUUUACACCAUUCCUUGGUGAUGGUCUAGUUGUCAGUAACGGUACAAAAUGGGAACGAAACCGGAAGUUGCUAACACCUGCUUUUCAUUUUGAUAUCUUGCGUCCCUAUGUUGAUAUAUACAACGAAGCUGCGGACAUUUUAUUGGACAAGUACGCUAAAAACAUGUCAGAGAGUCCUAAUAGCCUUGACGUUAUGGACGGACUAAACCUGGUCACUCUGGAUAUAAUAUUACGUUGCUCAUUAUCCUAUGAUGGAAAUAUUCAGGAAUACAAAGAGCAUCCUUACGUUAAAGCUAUUCACGAGAUUUCCAGACUGACAAUGGUGCGCGUCAGUAAACCAUGGUACUUCUUAUCUUUGACCCUCUUCAAGAUGACUUCUCAAGGGAAAGAGUACAUGAACCACGUGAAUUACAUACAUAGAUUUGCUGACGAAGUAAUUGCGAUAAGGAAAAAGGCAAUAGCAGAUGAUCUGUCGUUACUUCAGAAAAGACGGAAGCUGGACUUUCUGGAUAUUUUAUUGACAGCUAAAGACGAAUCUGGAUCCGGGCUGACUGACGAAGAGAUUCGUGACGAGGUCGAUACCUUCAUGUUUGCAGGACACGAUACUACCAAGGCAGUCCUUGGAUGGGCAAUAUACAAUCUUGGGAAGUACCCAGAGGAACAGGAAAAGCUUUUCCGGGAAGUGUGUGACGUCACGGGAGACCGGAAGGACAUAGAAUGGGAGGAUCUUGGUAAACUAAAAAAGAUGUCGAUGUUUUUGAAGGAGACUAUGAGAAUGUAUACACCAGCAGGAUCGACAACCCGAUCUUUAACAAAGCCACUUGAAAUUGAAGGAGUGACUCUUCCUGCUGGAACUUGGAUUAUGGUCAACUUUUAUUGCAUUCACUACCGGCCAGAUAUCUUCCCUAACCCAACGGAAUUCCGCCCAGAGAGGUUUCUACCAGAAAAUACAGAAAAUAGACAUCCUUAUGCCUUCUUACCGUUCUCAGCUGGACCGAGAAAUUGUAUUGGACAAAACUUCUCCAUGAACGAACAAAAAGUAUUAUUGGGCAGAAUAAUCAAAAGGUUUAGGGUAGUUUUGGACGAAAACCACGAGGUCAUCCCAGUCCCAUUGUUUAUAGUCCAGGCCAGAGACGGCAUAAAAGUCCGUUUUGAGGAGAGAUGAGAAUCUUAUAUUUCUCUGGAGAACAGUCCUUUGGUUCUCGAUUAUAUAUAUCAUGCAUACAUGGUCCAGUCAUCUUCAAGCUGUAGCAUAUAUUUUAUAUCGUUAUUGAUAUUAUAAAAUCGUUCAUUUGCAUCCCUUAGUUAGUAUUUUGAACCAAUGUGUGGUACACAACUUUUCAAGGGAAUUCGACUGUACUUGACAUGACGCGUCUAUACAAGCCAAGUUGAUAUUAACAAACUGUGGUAUCAAAAGAAUCCAUAGACAAACAGGAUUUUAUUUUGUAGAAACAUCUUAUGUAUACCCUACUCAGACAAUAAAGCGAGGCC